AUAUCACCUGAGAGAGUUCCCAAGUCUACAUUUGCUCUACUAGUUACUAUUCAGUGUUUAUGAAAAAUUUUAAUCUCAGUACUGUGAAGAAGCUGGAAAAAGGGAUAUUAUGGGGCUAAAAGCUCUCUGUUUGGGGCUGCUUUGUGUUCUUUUUGUCUCUCAUUUUUACACACCCAUGCCAGACAACAUUGAAGAAAGCUGGAAAAUAAUGGCCUUGGAUGCCAUCGCUAAAACUUGUACAUUUACGGCUAUGUGUUUUGAAAAUAUGGGUAUUAUGAGAUAUGAAGAGUUUAUAUCCAUGAUAUUCAGGCUGGAUUAUACCCAACCACUUUCAGAUGAAUACAUCACAGUGACUGAUACAACAUUUGUUGACAUUCCAGUACGAUUGUACUUGCCAAAAAGAAAGUCAGAAACCCGAAGGCGAGCUGUAAUAUAUUUUCAUGGUGGUGGUUUUUGUUUUGGAAGUUCCAAACAGAGGGCUUUUGACUUCCUGAAUAGAUGGACGGCAAACACACUUGAUGCUGUUGUUGUAGGCGUGGACUAUAGGCUGGCUCCUCAACACCACUUUCCUGCUCAGUUUGAAGAUGGCCUUGCUGCAGUCAAAUUUUUUCUUCUGGAAAAAAUUCUUACAAAAUAUGGAGUGGAUCCCACCCGAAUCUGCAUUUCAGGAGACAGUUCUGGGGGCAAUUUAGCAACAGCGGUCACUCAACAGGUGCAGAAUGAUGCUGAAAUAAAACAUAAAAUCAAGAUGCAAGUCUUACUUUACCCUGGCUUACAGAUAACAGAUUCUUAUUUGCCAUCUCACCGAGAAAAUGAGCAAGGUAUAGUUUUGACCAGGGAUGUAGCCAUAAAACUCGUGAGCUUGUAUUUCACCAAGGAUGAAGCACUUCCCCGGGCAAUGAGAAGAAACCAACACAUGCCUCUGGAGUCAAGACAUCUGUUUAAGUUUGUUAACUGGAGUAUUCUUCUUCCUGAGAAGUAUAGAAAAGACUAUGUAUAUACUGAACCAAUUCUUGGAGGACUUAGUUAUUCAUUGCCGGGACUUACAGACAGCAGAGCAUUACCCUUGUUGGCCAAUGAUUCUCAGUUACAGAAUUUGCCACUAACCUAUAUUCUUACUUGUCAACAUGAUCUCUUAAGAGAUGAUGGACUUAUGUAUGUUACAAGACUUCGAAAUGUUGGAGUCCAAGUUGUUCAUGACCAUAUUGAGGAUGGAAUUCAUGGAGCUUUAUCAUACAUGACUUCACCAUUUUAUUUACGUCUAGGUCUUAGGAUAAGAGAUAUGUAUGUAAGUUGGCUGGAUAAGAAUUUAUAAAUAUGUGAUAUAUAUGUAUAGCCCUUACAUAGUGGAUUGUAAUUUGUGAUAUUUUGUGGUUUUGGAGCAAAGAACAAUGUCAUUUGAGUUAUCUAAAUCUAUAUUUGCAUCAUUUGUAGCAGUUAAUGUGUGUCCUUGAAGAGUUACUAAAUUUUCUGACUUGCAGACCCCGAAUAUGUAAAAUGUAUGUAAUCCUGCCUAUUUUCUCCUUACUUAUAAUUUAUUAUAAUUAUGUUGGUCCUAAUAAGAACCAAUGCUUAUUAAAGUUGAGAAAUAAGAGUGGUUAUUGGCAAAUUAACAAAGAUAGUUUCCAGAUAGGCACAGAAAUUGUUGUAGUGAGUGGGAAGAGGAAAAAACAUGGAAGAAACUUACUGCUAAAAAUAUAUGGAAACCACUGGACUUAAUAAACCCUAAGGGCCCUAUGUUAGUUUUCUGUGACUAUUGUAGCAAAUUACUACAAAUUCAGUUGUUUAAAACAACAGAUAUUUAUUCUUUUACAGUUCUGGGUUCCUAAAGUAUGAAAUUAGUAUUAACUAGGCCCAAACCAAGUCACAGGCAAGAGACACGACUCCCUUGGAGACUCUCUAGAAGGUGCUCUUUGCCUCUUUUAACCUCUGGUGGCUGCCAGUAUUCUUUGACUAUUGUUAGAUCAGUUUAAUCUUGAAGGCCAGCAUCUUCCAAUCUCUUUCUGCUUCAUGUUCACAUUGCCUUCUUCUCUGCCUGUGUCUAAUCUCCCUAUGGGCUUCUCUUAGAAAAACACAUGUGUUUACAUUUAGGAGGGUACACCUGAAUAGUCUAGGAUAAUCUCUGCAUCUCAUGAUCCUCAAUUUAAUUGCAUUUGUAGAUUUCCCCACCCUUUUCUAUAUAAAGUAACCUUCAGAGAUUAGGAUGUAGUUAUCUUUUGGGAGGCCAUUUUUAAAAAUAUUUUCAGUCAAAUUUUAUUUUUUAAAGGAGGCAGCAGAUCAAUAUUAUAAUUCAAGAAUCUGAUCUAAAUAUGCAUUCAAUAAUGAAGAACAUUUGAGUAUGGACUAGACAAGCUUCUCCAAAAAACUUUCAAAUAUAUCAUCUCAAAUUACCUAAAGAAUAAAUCACUUCUGUAGCCCUUUUGUUGAGUGGAAUCAUAAACAAAAAACUGAAAAUUUAUUGCUAUGAAAACAGAUCCAUGGUACGAUGUUAUAAAUUUUGAGUAUUAAGCAUAGUCAGUUGAAUCCAAUUAAGAAGUUAAAAAUGUAGUAAGAAAUGUAUAUAUGUAUGAGUAUGUGCAUGUGUGUGUGAAAAAUCUACCAUCCAAUUGACCCAAAAACAACUUACUCAGUUGGGACCAGACAUUUUUCUCAAUUCUCCAUUAUUCAGAAGGCAAUUAAGAAUUACAAUUUCAACAGUCCACAAACAAAAUAAGAUUUUUUUAAUGUAGAGAGAAAUUAAUUAUGUUCAAAGAGCCCCUUUUAUUUCACUCAAUUUCAGUACCCCAAAUCUAAAAACACAUCCAUGACUAUGACAAAUGAAAAUAAGUGUCAUGGGAAUCUGUUACUUUUUCCUCUGAGAAAUAAAAUCUAAAUGGAGAUUUGAUACUAUAUACUACACUAAGAAUAUUGUAUUUUUCAUAAUUCUGAUUUAAUUUCCUUUAAACUUGAUAUAUUUUAAAAUUUGUAAUUUGUUUUUCAUGAUACUGAAUCUGGUUCCAGCUCUUUUUCAUCAUUUAAUAUACUGGCUACCCGUUCUAAUUAGGAAAACAAGUUCUAGAAAUCUCUUCAUUUUGACAGCAUGUGCUGAUUUGUCAGCAAAUCAUUAAAAAUGCAGCUCUCUAGGAAGCACAUUUUGUUGAUUGUCCUAUUGUCUUAACAUUUUCACAAUGAUUCCUGACUAAAAAUCAUUUUAAUUUUGUAAGCACUACACUAGUGUGUCAUGUCACUAAUAUGUACUUUCAAGCCUUUAAACAGAAAGGAUGGCUCACAGCUAGAUAAUAACUAAGUUUGUUUCAGUUUUCGAAAAAGUUUGUAUCUUGCAGAGCAGAAAAGCACUUCUUUUUUUGCUACAUAAGUAUGUGGUAGAAAUGUAUACUAAGGUAGGCCAGUCAAUCCUUUUUUAUUCAUUUUGUAAAUUUGGUCCCAGAAUAUUUCUGGAAGGAACCACAGCUAGACUAGCUUCCGUUGCAGUCCCUUACCUCACUAACUUCUUUUGCGGCUUUAUCCAAGCACUGUUACCAUUUGUAUGCUAAAGGGUUCAUUUCACUGGGUCUUACUUUCAAAGUUUGUUCCCUUUUGUGUGGUGGCAUGAGCAUUGUGAUCAAGCCAUUAAGUUUGGAAACAACUGAAUGAAAGUCAUCUGUUAUAACGUAUUUUAUUUUAUUUUUAAAUUUUAUUUUAAAUUGACAAUAGUAGUACAUAUUCA